CCCGCGCGAGAAAAUCAAGAGCGUUACGUGUUCAGGAAUCACUCCCCAGCAGCGGCACCCCGCCACUGGACCUAUCAAUUCCUUUGGGGUUUAUUUUUUUUGUUCUUGUUGCUGCUGACUUCUCCUGAAAUUUCAUUGUGAGUGGCUUUGAGGAAAAGGUGGAAGAAGAAGAUGGGUGCACCUAAGAAAAGUGGGGUUAAGGCUUCGGAGGAGGCCGAGGAUUUGGCUCGCGUCCCUUUGCAAGCAAUCCUCUUGGCUGAUAGUUUUACUACCAAGUUCAGACCUAUCACCCUUGAACGUCCCAAAGUUCUAUUACCACUUGUAAAUGUUCCCAUGAUAAAUUACACAUUGGCGUGGCUUGAAUCUGCUGGUGUCGAAGAGGUUUUUGUUUUCUGUUGUGCUCAUUCCAAGCAAGUGACUUCCUAUUUGAAGAAAUCUGAGUGGCUCUCCCAACCAAAUUUUACCGUCUCAAUGAUAGAGUCGCAUCAUUCCGUUAGUGCUGGAGAUGCUUUGCGUCUAAUAUAUGAGCGCAAUGUGAUACAUGGAGAUUUUAUCUUGAUCAGUGGAGAUACGGUAAGCAACAUGUCACUCACUCAGGCUCUUCAAGAGCACAAGGAAAGAAGAAAGAAAGAUAACGACGCAAUAAUGACCAUGGUCAUUAAACGAUCAAAACCUCAUCCGGCCACUCAUCAAUCUCGACUUGGUACUGAUGAACUCUUUAUGGCCAUUGAUCCCUCUACCAAGCAACUUUUGUAUUAUGAGGACAAGGCAGACUAUUCCAGAGGGAUUUUGCAUCUCGAUAAGUCCUUGCUUCUUGACAAUCCUUCAAUCUCUCUGCACCAUGACAAGCAGGAUUGUUACAUUGACAUCUGCUCACCGGAGGUUCUUAGCCUAUUUACAGACAAUUUUGACUAUCAACAUUUGCGGCGUCAUUUUGUUAAGGGAUUGCUUGUUGAUGAUAUUAUGGGAUACAAGAUAUUCACUCAUGAGAUUCACUCAAGUUACGCAGCAAGGAUUGAUAAUUUCCGCAGUUAUGACACUGUCAGCAAGGACAUCAUUCAUAGAUGGACAUAUCCAUUGGUGCCAGAUGUGAAGUUUUUUGGCAAUUCUGCCACAAAACUUGAACGACAGGGAAUGUACCGUGCAUCAGAAAUAUCACAAUCACAUUCAGCAGUUGUUGGCCCAUUUACAGUCAUAGGAUUUGGCACCAAAAUCAGGGAUAACACUAAAAUUUCAAAUUCGGUUAUUGGAGAAGGAUGUACAAUUGGCUCAAAUGUUCAGAUAGAGGGAUCCUAUAUAUGGGACAAUGUCACCAUUGAAGAUGGUUGUAAACUUAGGCAUGCCAUUGUAUGUGAUGGGGUGACUAUCAAGUCAGGGGCUGUUCUGGAACCUGGUGCGGUUUUAUCUUUCAAGGUUGUGAUUGGGCCGAAGUUUGUCGUUCCUUCAUACUCAAAAGUAUCUUUAUUUCAGCAGCCAAUUGAGGAAGAUAGUGAUGAAGAGCUGGAAUAUGCUGACAGCACUGGUGCAAUGAAUAGCUUAGUGGAUGAGUAUGGUGCAGAGGCUGCAUCGCAGGUAUUGGAGACACAAUCCUCUUCUGCUUCAGAGUUAGGUGUGGGUGGGACCGGUUAUGUUUGGUCAAAAUGUGAUGGAGGCCUUGAAGAAGAGUGGAGGCAUUCAGUGGCUCCUAUUCCUGCAGAUAAAAUUUCUGAGGCAAUGGAAAUUUUGGAAAAUGACCUGGAUUUGGCUCAUGAUGGCAGUAUUCUUCCACCUUCUGGAGAGCUGAAACCUGAUUCUAAUGAAUCAGAUAUUGAUGACAUUGAAUAUUCCAGAGAUGACUCAUACUUUGAGAAAGAGGUUGAAGCAACUUUUCUCAGGGCUGUGCAUGAGAACAUAAAAGAAGACCAUGUGAUUUUAGAAGUUAACUCUCUGAAGUUGUCAUACAAUAAGUUAGCAGCAGAUUGUGCUGGAGCUAUCUUCCAUGCCAUGAUGAAACACGCUUUGGAUAUCCCCCAUAGUUCAGCUGGUAGCUUGGUUCAGAACGUUGACAGUAUACUAACAGCAUGGAAAAAACUUCUGAUGUCCUACCUUGCUGACAUUGAUGAGCAGAUUGAAGUGAUACUGAAGUUUGAAGAAAUGUGCCUGGAAUCUGCUAAAGAAUAUGCUCCAUUGUUCACAAAGAUUUUGAGUAUUAUGUAUGACAAAGAUAUCAUACAAGAAGAUGCCGUUUUAAGUUGGGAAGACGAGAAGAGAGAGGCAGACGAGACAGAUAAAGUUUUUGUGAAGCAGGCCCAGACAUUUAUUCAAUGGUUACGAGAGGCUCCAGAAGAAGACGAUGAUGAAGAGUAGAAAGCCAGAAGGCGUAGUCUAGUUUGGGCAUGGCUUUUCGAUGACGUUUUGUUUGUGAACAUGGAACAUUUAUCCAACAUCCCGGCGCUAGAGGUGAAUUUGUGCUUAUCCACCCUGGAAUUGGAAUUCAUAAUAACUUAGAUAUAUUUCUGUAUGAUAUUUGAAGAGAUAUAUUGAAAUCUAAACGUCACAUUGGUCAUA